GUUUGUCGUCAAUGCUUGAGCCGCAACAUGUUGCAGGUUUGCAUUGCCGGCACGUCGUUGCGGCACAAAGGACAAUAUGAACAAGUGCAAUUCUGAAAAAAUGGCGUCAAAAAAUGAGGAGGGUGAUCGAAGAAGUAGAUGCUGCUAAGACAUCUUUGGGCAAUGUACUAUUAUAUCUGAAUAUCAUUACCUUAAUCAGAGAACCACUGUUUUAGUAGCAGAACUACAUUUCAGGU